CUUUUGCUUUUGUGAAACAGGUCUUUGCCUUUUACCUUUUGUGAACAGAAACAGGUCAGGAUCGCUGGAAAUUGUUUUUUUUUUUCUUUUUUGGAUCUACACACAGCCAGGUGUGUACAUGUAAUUCUCAUCAGGGCAGGACUCAGGACAAGCAACUUCCCUUUUCUCAACUCCUGUACUUGUCCUCCUCCCAACUCCAGGACCCCCUCAUCCAUGAAGUUCCAGACCCUCGACCUUCCCUUGAGGAAAAAACGACACGAAACGCGAAAGCAGGCUCCAAAGAUAGCCUCCCUUAUAGUCCUAGCUAUUCUUUUAUCAGUUAUCUCUGUAUAUUCUCCACCUUUACGGUUCAGAAAAUUCUCCGAAGCAUCCUCUCCUUUGGAUUCUCUCAAGGAGUCAAUUAAUACGUCUCUCCAGAGUUUGCCAUGCCGUCCUGAGGACGACGGUUCUCAGCCCUGCAGCAACACUGAAGAAGGUGAACCGGAGGCCCGGCCCGAGAUAGUUGAAAAGUGUGAUUUGUUUGCUGGGGAGUGGGUGCCGAACCCAGACGCCCCUUAUUAUACCAACACCACAUGUUAUGUGAUACAAGAACAUCAGAAUUGCCUGAAAUAUGGGAGGCCCGAUUUGGAUUUCCUCAAGUGGAGGUGGAAACCAGAUGGAUGUGAGCUGCCGACAUUCGAUCCGCACCAAUUCUUGGAACUGGUUAGAGGAAAAUCCAUUGCCUUUGUUGGAGACUCUGUUUCAAGAAAUCAUAUGCAGUCACUAUUUUGCCUCUUGUCCAAGGUUCUUUAUCCUGAAGAGAUCUCAAGCACAACAGAUGAGAGCAGACAAUGGAAAUACAAGGAAUACAACUUCAAGAUUUCAAUUCUUUGGGCUCCUUAUUUAGUGAGAUCCGCGGAAACCACCAGUCCGAAUGAUAAAGCCCGCUCUUUCGGUCUAUAUCUUGAUGAGUUUGAUGAAAAUUGGACAACCAAGAUCGAAGGAUAUGACUACGUUGUCAUCUCAGGUGGCCACUGGUUCUUCCGACCAGCCAUGCUCUAUGAAAAUGGCCGAAUUGUUGGCUGCUUAUACUGUCCGCAGGAAAAUGUAACUCACGUAACACCAUUAUUUAGCUAUCAGAGAGCUUUCAGAACUGCUUUCAGAGCUCUUAACAGUUUAGGAAACUUCAAGGGUGUAACGUUUCUUAGGACCUUUGCUCCCCAACACUUUGAAAAUGGAACUUGGGACAGCGGUGGGAAUUGUGUGAGGAAGAGGCCUUAUAAGAGGAAUGAGAUCCUUUUAGCGGAUAACAAUUUAGAAAUGUACAAGAUCCAACUGCAGGAACUCAAAAUUGCACAAAAAGAAGGAAGCAAAAGAGGAUUGAAGUUCAGGCUAUUCGAUGCAACAAAACCUAUGCUGCUGAGACCAGAUGGUCACCCCAGCAUAUAUGGUCAUUGGCCAUCUCAGACCGUGGAAAUGCCUAAUGAUUGUGUGCAUUGGUGCUUGCCUGGACCAAUCGAUACAUGGAAUGAUUUUUUCCUAGAGCUGUUAAAAAGAGAGGAAUCUGAAAAAUCGGUUGCUUAGAGUUUACCUAAAUUUAUUUGGGGGAUUCAACUCCCACGCCCCCACUAUUUAGCUCU